UGACCGCUGAACUGUCUCCUAGUCUACCUUGCCGUGAGGAGUGAAAGGCGCGAUACAGGUCAUGCUUUACUGGUCCAUAUUAUCGCAGAAAGUCAUCAGAAAAUGCAUUAGUGCACUAGGCCGCGUGACUAGAGUAGAGAUGGACGCGGAAAAGUCGUUUCGAUAUUAUGUCGGCGGAUGGCACUAAUUUUCUUACUCAUGUGACUAAGAAUGAAUAGCUUACUAGGUAUUUCUUACGUAACAUAAAAUACAGAAGUAUUCUAAAUACUUGCUACUUAUGUCUGCAGAAAUAUUAUGGUCUACAACUAGGCAGAUAGAAUCAUCAAUGAACGUGUUUACUUGUAGUUAUAUUUUGGUAGGUACCUAGGUAAUCAACCUAAUCUAACGAUGUCUUUUGUCCGGAGAAAAUAUAUUUUAUUAAAGUAUCUACCUAUCUACACACAUACACUGGGCAGGUAUCUACUGGACUCAGUUCGUUAUGUAUCAUCUUGAAUUAAAUAAAUUGAAGCAUAAAUUAGGUAUUUCGUACUAGCUUCUGCUCGCGGCUUCGUCCGUAUGGUGUGUUGAUAAAUAGUAGCCUAUGUGUGAAUCUAGGGUAUCACUUGUCUUGUCUUGUGUGUCUUGGGAUAUCAAACUUCAACCAAAUCUGUCCAGUCGUUUUAGCGUGGAAGAAUAACAAACAUACAUUCUCACAAACCUUCACUUUUAUAAUAUUAGUAGAAUUCGUACGAGAUAAUAUUUUAGGUUUACCUAAUUUUUGUUGUCUUCGCCGUUCUAUCAAGUUGGCCCUUAAAAUACCCUAUCAAUAUAUUAAUAAACAGGUAGGUAUGUUAUGUACAGGUAAGUGUUAGGUUUCUAUAUUUAUAUCAAUUUUUUAUCGUAGAUAUAUCGAUGCUCAAAUAGGUUCAAUGUUAAUUAGUUUUAAUAUAGCACCUCAAAUUCAUUAAGACCUUUGUUGUGAAGAAAUUAAACGAACACCAAAAAUCAUGAUGUCAGAUAAGCCUUGACGUAAAGUGUUAUUUUUAUUAUUUUCAUCAAUGUUUAGUUUCAUACAUAAUAUACGCAAUGAAUUGUUUGAUGAUUUCAUAGACGUUUUGGACUACAUAUCAUUAGAAAGUCUCAGUUUAUAUGACAAAAUAACUGAUAAUUUAAUUGUUGUACUCCGUACAAAAUUCAGUAAACCUCGAUGCGGUGAUAAGUUUUUGGUAUAAUUUAGACUAAGUUACAAACCCAUCUUCGAAAUUCUUUGUAAAAAAAAAACUAGUAAAAUAUAGUAGAAGAAAGCAACAUGGAAACUGCAGCAAAUCCAGAAAGUGCAGAGGCACCUACAGCAACAGGAGAUACUGAUGAAAGUAAACCACCUGAAGAGCCUGACAAAGGAGAAACAGGUGAAGUUGGUGAAAAUCAAGAAGGAGUUGAAGCGGUUGAAGGUGGUGAGGUAGUCGAGGGCGUCGAGGGAGGUGAAACAGGUGAAGCUACCGCAACAGAAGAAGUAGAUGGAGAGCAUGUAGAAGGCGAAGGGUUGGAGGGUGAACAUGUCGAAGGGGAAUUUGUUGAAGGUGAAGCUGUAGAAGGAGAACAGGUUGAGGGUGAACAUGUCGAAGGAGAAGAACAAGAGAAAGUCGAAGGAGAAGAAAAAGAGAAAGUCGAAGGGGAGGAGGAGGAGGGUUUGGGUGAACAAGUAGAAGCAGAAGAAACUGAGGACCUUGCCUUUGUACCUGAAGAAGAAGUCGAAGAAGAGCAACAGUAUGUUGAAGAACCUCCUCCGGAUCCUGCUGCACCUUACGGCUUUAGCGAUUCAAAGGAAGCUUUAAAAGCACCUUUUUCAUUACGUCCAGAUCAAUUAGCUGAGGUCGAACAGCUGUGGGAAAUCUACCAGAAUUACACUCCGGCGUAUGCAGAUUUGGAUGGCUUCAUUACUGAGAAAGAGCUCGUUUACAUGCUAAAAAGUUUACUUCUUAUGACUUACACAGUAGAACAAUUACAGGAACUGGUAGCAUAUUGUUGUCGACCGCCACAUGCAAAGGGACAUAUAUUUUAUGAUCAGUUUCUCAAAAUGGUAACAAUACGUCAAAGGGAUUUCCCCAUAGAAGAAGAAAUUCGUUCUGCGUUACAAUUUUUCGACCCAGAAAAAACAGGUAUCAUUGACCGAGAAUAUUUAAAAGAAAUUUUGUCAAAACAGGGUAGCAAAAUGGGUGCACGACAGUUGGAUAAUCUCAUUAAAGAGGUCGAUAUGAGCAAUGACGGUACGAUUGGUAUAGAAGAUGUUGUUGGAACAAUGUGCAUUGAUCUAAAUAAAGAAGACUUGCAACUACUAAGAGCGGCUGUGUACCCUCCCACGGAGGACAUAGGAGGGGAGAGAACUGAGGAAGCCCCGGUGGCGGUUCCAGACGAUGAUGAAGAAGACGAUUGAGACGCACAGAGAAAUCCCUUAUUAAAACAAUCAAUCAAACUUAAAAUAUCAAUAAAGUGUUAUAAUUUGUAAUUUUUUUUCAAUUUAUUUGAAGCAAGUCAUUAAAAUCUGAAAAGUAUGAUAAUAUGCAAACGGCACUUUACGCUGUCCGAUUGGGUGCAGUUUCAUGACUGACCGAUUGACCGUAAGAAGCAGCUAGUAAAUCAUAAAUGAGUUGAAAGCGGAAAGUUAAUGUUAGAAAAUACUCAAAAUUGGAUCGCAAAGUAGAUUCUGGUAAAAAAACACGAUUUCAACCAUAAA